AAUACAUUUGUCAUACAUACAUUUUUGUCAUCCUCAUUAAAUUUUUAAACGGCUCAAGAGCUCAUACAUGCGCUAUAUCAGAUCGAACAUAUCUAUCCGACGCCAUUUCGGGAAUGAAUAUUUUAUGAUAGCAAAUGUCUAAAUAGAAGCAUUGCUCACCUCAAUGGCAAUAUAUUUGACAAAUGGUUAGCAUUCUACAUUGCCUGUAGAGAUGCGGCAUUAGCUAAUAUAAAAAAGCAAUAUCUGCAGACGAUGGAAUAUACUUAGAUCCUGUUGUUUAUUGAUUUUAUCUGUUAUUCGUAGAAUGGAGUUGUAAGGGAAUAUUUGAUGUGUUGAACGUUUUUUUAGAUAAAUAUUUUUAAAAUGCUUGGACAAGAAAAUGUAGCCGCAAAUUUCUGCGGUUUAUUGGCUGCUCAGGGAUAUAAAGAAAAGGCAAUUGAAUGGCGCAUACUUGGACAGGAACGUGAUGGUUCAAUGCUUGCAUCAUGGACAUUCGAGGAUUUAAAUACAAGCGUACGUGAGACUUGUUUAGGUCAUUUUGAUGCAACAGCUAAGACGUUUCACAUACUAUACCGAUUUGUAAAAGAAUGUCGGCAAAUAAUACAAGCCACUAUUAAUAGAAGUAAAACCUUGUUAGUAUAUGUUGAAAAAAUGAUUUUGGUUGAAAACAAAGAAACUCGUCUUCAUUAUCAAGCUUACAUUGUAUUGACACGCGUACCAGAUGAAGGUACAACAGCAAUUCCUUUGUUGGAGUCGCCAACGCAUCGGCAAGUAAUGGGCCAGUUUUUGUGGCAGAACAAAAAGGAAUGUGAAAUAAAAAAUAUCCAAGAAAAAUUUAUACUGCUUAUUCAUGAGACUUGUAUAAUGCAAUUCGUUUGCAACCUAAAACAAACGGAAGCUGAUGGAGAUAAAUCAUUAAAUGAUAAAUUGCAUUUAGAUGCAAGCAUGCUUGAUUUCGAAACGAUUGCUCAACAUUUCAGUUGGGCCCAAUGGGAUUCAGAUAACCAGGCAUUAUAUUAUAUCCAUCUAAAGCCAAAGGCAAAAAGUUUGAGUCUCAUGGAUCGCGAUGAAACCGAGAAAAAUAAAGAAAAUGAAUUAAGUCCCACGCUAUCAGCUUUUCAGUUCAAUGAAAAGUUGCCUACAGAAACAGUGCUGAACAUUCCACUAAAUUUGCCAAAAUUACCACAAGGCUCUUUUGACAUUGAGCCGAUCUACGAGGACGACAUUGUUCCUUUGAGGGUUCAUGACUCUUCAUUAAAUUUAAUUAUUUUGACUAAUGGAACCGGGAUGUUAUUUGUUUGCCACUACUAUCUUUACCAACCAAUACAACCAAAAAAUGUAGAUGACACACCAGCUGAUAGUACCGGCCCAUCUCAGAAGGUAAAUGUACAUUUUGCAUAUUCGGUAACACUUCUUCACCAUGGCUGUGUAGUUCACUGCGUCAUGCCGGGGAUACCGUGGGAAAAGGCGCGCUUACUCAAGCCAACAUUCGCCCUACAUGGUAUCCAUCAUUUGCUGGUUUUCCAGCCAGAUUUAUUUGUACAUUUAUUAGAUGUGGGAUUGAGUCAUGAGCCGUGCUGCCAUAUAGUGUGUCCUGCACAUAAUCGCAAUCCACUGACUCAACUUGUACCAUGUCAAAAGUGGGGAGCCUUAGCUUAUGAUACUGCAACUUUGGACCUGGUUUCGCUCAGUGUUCCACGUGGUCAUUUGAUUGAAGCUUUUCGUAAUGACACAUCGGUCGAUAAUCGACUCAGUAUUAUUCAUUAUUUCCUACUGCAUUCCAAUGAUAUGGAUGUGCUCCCAGAAUUGCUCGGCAUAAUAAUGGAAAGACCGCUGUCAUUGGAUACUGUAGCAUUGCUUAAAGAGGCUUUGGUGGCGGGUAGUUAUGCUGCCACACUGCGCGGUCUACCACCGGACGCGGCAUCGCUUGCACGAUUUCUACCCCUUACGACUGCUGAUUCAACACGACCAGUUCAGGCGCGGGUAGCCGAUAUUAAUGUAGGUUUGUCGCAUGAAAGCCUAUAUAAUACAACCAUGAUGUUGUUAUCACCUCAUCAACGUUUAUCUCCUUAUCGCUCGGAUAUUUGGACGCGUUUAUGGGAACAUUUGAACGAAGUUGAGAAAAAGGAGAGACACCGCUUCAAUGCGGAGCAAGUGACCGAAAAGCUUAUGUUUUCGUUAUCAUGCUAUCAACCGGAAGCGCUGUCGCGUUGCACAACACCAUUGACCCCGAGUGGAACUGUGGGAAAUAACUUGAACGAUUUUUCUUCUUUCAAUAGACGCGAAGUGUUACCCUUUAUCGAAGUGGAGACAUGCACAGCUACAAAACAAGAACAUGUUAUAUCAGUGAAUAUGCGCGAAUUGAGUGUACAUCUAGUUAAGCAUUCCGUUAAACCCAAUACAGGAUUUCGUUGGCUGAAAGAGACCCUUUUCGAGCGCUCACAGGCUCCAGCUCACGUACAUGCCGUUGUCACGCAGUAUGUAAGCUCACAACUAGAAUUGUCACGUGCGCUAUGUUCCCUCGUUUGUCGCGCGGCCGGUCUCGAUGCGCGUAAUGAGACGGCGCGCGGUUUCCAAUUAAUCGACCAAGUGACCAACAAUCAACAGUAUUCGCUUUUCUUAAUUCUGGAGCGUUAUUGUUUGGCGGUGAACUCAAUCGCUUUUCCAUUACCCCAGGGAUUUGCUUCUUUCUUCACCUAUCUCGGAUAUCGUGCGUUAACUUUCGAAAUGUUUUUGCAAUACGUGGAGAAUCACGUAUUUGAGUUGCAAAUUGACGUCAUGAAGACAAUUAUUAACGGUAUCGAUGACCUACCGGAGGGCGUUGAAAAGAAACUUUCCUUACUAUCGUCUCUACCGAAAUCUCGGGCGCAGCGUUUAUUAAGAAGUUGGUCACAUCCAGAGAGUUUGAUGAUACGCGGUCGUGAACAUGCAGCGAACAUAUUAUCUGGACAGCCUGUACAACAACGUGGCGGCAACGCAGGUGCUAAUGCUAACACGCAGGGGCGCACAUCAUUAAAAAGUGACCCUACAAUCGAGAAGGGAACUUCAUUAUCAUAUUUAUAUAUAAUACUUACAACAAUUGCUGCCGUUGUAAUCAUCGUUGGUACAUUGUUUUUUGUUUACACACAAUUAAAUCAACAAAACUUAUAACAUAAAAAAUUUAUGGUAAGCAAAAAGAUAUUGCAGCAGACACUUUAUCGCCCUUAGAUUCAUUUUUGGAUCUUCUCACCGCCAAGGCAAGCCUAAAUGACUUGAACUACAAUUUGCUAAUAGAAACCACGAUCUCAUCCAUGGAGAGAAAUAGUCAUAAAUCAUAAGCUUUAUUUUGGAUUUAAUGUAACACAAGAGAGCAUUAGGAAAAAAUUUGAGGCCGUGCCAUAAAAAAUACGUGUAAUUCCAGCAGCUAAACUCGAGGCUUUAAAUUAAGAUUUGUUAUUUAUUGAGAUAUUUAAUUGACGUUUUGUUUUAUGGAUUUAUUUUUGUUGCUGCAGAAAAGGCAUGAAAGCUGUCUAAAGAACUACCUGUAGUCGAAAGAAACUGUAUUCCAAAAUGGAAUUGAAAAUAUUUAAAUCAAAGACAAUUUUUUUUUCAACAAGUUA